AUGGCUUCCACACGGAGUCUCAAUAUGCACACGACGAGACCGUCCAUCUCGGCGAGCUCGGGCGGCGCGGUCAAGUCGAGGCAGCUGCUGGCUCAGCUGUCUGCCAACCUUGCGGAUACGGAGAACCUGGUUCGUAUGACGAGCGUGCAGGCGGAGAGUAUGCGGGGACUGGGUGCGUGGCACGGUGGCAUAGCAGGAGAUGUUGAGGCGGGAAGCGCUACGGAUGAGCGCGAAGCUAUGCAGAGCUCGAUGCUGAUGAGGGAUAGGUUCAUGGCUGCGAGCAAGGUCCUCGGCGAGGAGGCUAUCAAUCGCGAUGCGGCGGCACAGGCUAAGGGCGGCCAGCGCUGA